CAAUGUGAUGAUCAGCUGCUCUAGUAUGGAAUCAAUGUGAUGAUCAGUUGCUUUAGUAGAAAGAAUCGAAUUGUUUCAUCUGGGUUUUUUGUACAGUGUGGCUAGUAAUUUGGACAGGAACUAUAGGUUUGUAGUUGGUGCUUGUAAUUACACAGGAAUUAUAAGGUUUGUAGUUGGUAUUCAGAUCGAUGGAUUUUACUCAAUAUCUUACUUAUACCAUGUUCUUGUAGAAUUGAAGGGUUGUGGAUGCCUGUGCUUCUAGACCAUAGACAAUUUCUAUUUGCGAUAGUGAAUGAGGAAGAACGAAUUUGAGUUUGAUAAUUUGGAAAGCUCCUUGGUACUUGCCAUUCUGAGGAAUCCGGCACGAAGAUCUUGUCCUUGAAUGGACGCCGGAGGAUUCAAAUCGAGAAAAAGGACGCCAGAGGGGAGCCGGCGGUUGGGAAGAGAACCGGAGGAGAGAGAGAGAGAUGGGACACGGUAAUUUGAGAGAGAGAGAAGGGAGAACAUACGAAAAAAUAUGUUUUGUGGUAAGGUAGGAGACAUCUUGGCCAUUGAUUUAGAAUGAACGGCCAGGAUCUUUUUAUUAAGAAAUAUUAGCAGAGGUUUAUGAGGAGAGAUCCGAGUCCCCGAACGAAUUUUCUCUCCCUCUCUUCAGCUUCAUCUCCGGUUCCCCAAACAUCAAUAGAGACUACUUCAUCUCUUGGAGGUCGAUCCCCUGCAAUUCUUCUUGCAAGUUGAAAACGAAGGAUGCUGUAGUGUUCACUCCACAUCAACGCAAAAGCUUACACUGUCACCAUGGAAAAUCAAGUGGAUGAAUUCCGUGCUAAUUCUAAUGAUACUGAAGAAGCUAUCGAUCAUGUAAACAUAGGGUCUGAUUCUGAGGAUGUUCAUAUUGCGGAGGAUACUGAGCAAACAGGAGGAGACACCAACAUGACCAAAAGACCGGUGGUAUUAUAUGGGGAGCCUGAAGUAGGUAUGACUUUUGAUAAUGAUGAAGAUGUAUAUCAUUUUUAUUGUUCAUACGCUAGGAGUGUUGGAUUUAAAGUGAGAAAGCUUAGACAAAAUCAAAACAAACACGGUGAAAUAUGGAAAAGAGAGUACUGUUGCUCUUGCCAAGGUUUCUACACUAAAAAGAGAAGUCCACAGAAAAAAAGAGAAGAAAGAAGAUUUGGGUGCAAGGCAAUGCUUGAGAUUAGACUUAACCAAAGUAAAAAGUAUGUUGUUACUAAAUUUGAAGCUGAACAUACUCAUUCUCUUGCUCCUGCAUCAAGUACACAUGUUUUGUAUAAUCGGGACUCCUCUCCCAUGGCUCAGUUUGGCGAGUUAUGUCAAAUAGCACAUAGAAUCACAUCAGAGGGUGCAAAGAACAGGCAUUCAUACACUUUUGUGAAGUCUGAAUUGUUAAAGUUGGAGGAAAGAUUAAAAGCUCUUCAGCAUACUGGACAUGAACAUGCCGUAAGAAAUGGCGAUACAGGUUCUGGUAAUCGUACGAAUGAAGAUGGUGUGCAUCUGAAGUUGCAGGAACCAGAAACUCAGAAGUCUAAAGGCCGGGGGAAGGGUAAAAUGAAGAAUGCUCUAAAAUCUAAGGACUCCAAAAACGAAGUUUCAUCUGAAAGAAAAGAUUCUCAGGAACCUAAUACAAACGCUCAUGAGAUGACUGGCCCAUCAAAUUUAUCGGAAAAUGUUCAGGGAUCAACUGGAGUAGGAAAAGAGAAGGAGUUGAUCAGAUCAUCCUUAUGUCUAGGCGGACAGUUUCCAGGUGGGUUUCCAACUGUUUCUGGGGGACAAGCCUUGCCUUAUCAUCACCUACCUGGCCACCAAUUUAUACUUCCAAGGAUACCCAAUCCCUCAUUUAUGUAUUCACAGGAAAUUCAAUCAAGUUUAUCAAGACCUCAAGGACCAGCACGUCAACUGAGUUCCUCAAGCCCAUCAACAUCUUAGGUCAUGUUUUUGCUGACUGAGGAAUAGUUGCAAGGCCAUAAUCUGUUAGUGUCCACUUUCAGGACUAGGGACAUAUCGCAACCGAAAUCAAGAGAUGGAGUUUCAUGUAAGAAACCCCUUUGAAAUCAAGGCCUAGAAAUCACUACUCUACAUUCUGACAAUCAGCUAUACAAGGCCUCAGCAACAAAUGUUUUCAUAUUUUUCUUAUAGAUGGAAUUUACAUGUGAACAUGUCACCUAUCUAUUAUAACAAAUCAUGAAUUACUUAUUAGCCCC